AUGACACCGCAUCUGCCCGUGUCGUCCCACCCCGCCCACCACCUGCUCGACGCGCUGCCCCCGUCGCCGCACCACCGCCGCCUCCGCAGGCGUCGCCGCUUCUGCCCGCCGCGCCCCAGGGCCUCCUCCUCCUCCUCCCUCCGCUGCCGCGCCGCCGCCGCCGCCGCGCCGCAGCCGGCGGCGGCGGCGGCGGACGAGGCGAGGACGAGGGUGUUCGUCGUGUCGGACCUGCACACCGACUACCCGGAGAACAUGGAGUGGGUGCGCCGGCUCGCGGUGCGGGCGGGGCCGCCGGGGGCCGGGGAGGGGUUCGACGCGCUCGUCGUCGCCGGGGACGUGGCGGAGACGAGGGACAACUUCGCGCGAACCAUGGAGGCCCUCAGGGCGCGGUUCGACGCCGUCUUCUACGUGCCCGGCAACCACGACCUCUGGCUGCGCCGCGAGGGUGGCCGCUACGUGGAUUCGAUGGAGAAACUGACUGCAUUGCUUGAUGCGUGUAGUGAGCUGGGUGUGGAUACAGGCCCUAGAACGAUAGGUGACUUAGGGAUCAUACCAUUGUUUUCAUGGUAUCACAAGAGCUUUGACAAGGAAAAGGAUGUGAACAGUGUGCGUGUUCCUUCGUUAGAGAUGGCUUGUAAAGACUUUCAUGCUUGCCAAUGGCCUUCGGACUUGGGAAGUGAUGAUGAGGCUCUUGCUCUUUACUUUGACAAGUUGAAUGACAAGAACAAUGAUGCUAUUGAAGAAGUAAAAAAGAAGAGCAAACAGAUACUUACAUUUUCACACUUUGUACCAAGGCAAGAGUUAUGUCCAGAGAAGCGAAUGCUUUACUAUCCAAACCUUCCAAAGGUCAUCGGCUCUGAUUAUUUGGAAAGAAGGCUGAGAGCUAUACACAACAACGCUAAAGAUGGAGCAGCCUGCCAUGUAUUCGGGCAUACACACUUCUGUUGGGAUUCUGUGGUUGACGGUAUCAGGUAUGUACAGGCGCCUCUGGCAUACCCUCGAGAAAGAAAGCGAAGGAUAAACGGAGGCCAGGGAUGGUUGCCGUUUUGUGUAUAUCGUGAUGGCUUCAACCCUGAAAUAUACCCAGCUAUAUGGUCUGACUAUUACAACAAGAACAGAAGGGAGCCUGAGAACACUCAGCUUGCGCCGUGGGUUGCCAAAUAUUUUUCAAAGUACUACGGACCCCCUGUUUUUGCCAAACAAACUGAAUCCGGUUGA